AUGUUUCAGCUUCCCCGUGUCCCAACCACUGACCAAAUUCUCCCCCUCAUGCAUCAAAUUAUCGAUGAACUCACUCAGACGCGCAAUUCAGUACUCAAAGCAACGACUCCAGAAACAGCCACCUUUGCGAACACUCUUCUUCCCUUGGCGCAGACCGAAAAUGCAGUCCAAGGCCAGCUAGCCAUGAUCGACAUGCUACAGUACGGUGCUCCAUUACGGGAAACCCAGGAUGUCGUUCACUCCGCCUUGAGCGUCUAUGCCGAAGCACAGGCGGCAUGGAUCGCCAACGGGGAUUACUUCCGUCUACUGCGGGCUGUUCGCGACAACCGAGAGGACUUUGAGUCAUUGGAUGCGGAAUCGCAACAUUUGCUCGAACGUGAGUUGACUGUAUACCGAAUGGCAGGGCACGGGGAGCUGGAUGCGGAAGAGGUGGAAGGCUUCUUGCAGGAAGGGGCAAAUAUUGGACAAAUAGAGAGGAAGUUUCAGGAGAAUAUAUCAAGGGAAGAUGGGGGCGUAUGGUUUACACGGGACGAGUUGGAGGGAGUACCAGCGAGUGACUUGGGGAAGUGGAAGUCGGAUGGUGAGAAAGAAAAAGAAAAGCUAUUUGUGCCUUUUGCGAAUGGAGGUACACUGGCAGUGUUGACCUAUGCUCGUCGCCCCGAAACGCGGAAGAAGAUGUUCUUGGCCGAUAAUCACAAGCUCCAGAGCAAUAAGCCAUUAUUUGAGAAGAUCAUUCGCCAACGGGCUCGGCGGGCCCAUCAAUUGCAUCAUUCCACCCACGCCGAGUAUCGGCUACAGCAACGUAUGGUAAAGGAUCCGAAAUGGCUAGGUGGGUUUCUCAACAACCUCAAGGACACACUGUGCGCCCGGGGUAAAGAUGAAAUUGCAGUCUUGCAGCAAAGGAGAGUGAAGGAUCUGGGAGACAAGCAUGACACAGAUUGUGUGGGAUUUCCUCCGUGGGAUAAAUCCUAUUACAUGCGGUUAGUAGAAGAAGAGGUUGCGGUUGACCAGCUGCAGCUAUCCGAGUUCUAUCCCCUCGAACAAACAGCCAUAGGGAUGCUGGGUAUUUUUGCUUCGGUUUUGGGUCUCCAGUUCGAGCCUCUCAAAGCUGAUGAGGGGUCUCUCUGGCAUGAGUCCGUUCGCGUAUUCUCCGUCUGGGAGAGUACCCCCGACAAACAAUUUAUUGGCUAUCUCUACUUCGAUCUGCUAUGGAGAGAAAACAAAUAUCGCGGUAACCAGAGCGUGAAUCUUCAAUGUGGCUACCUCCGCCCGGAUGGCAGUCGGCAAUACCCUGCCACAAUCCUCAUGUGUUCCUUCCCUACUCCCACUCCCACCAGUUGUGCCUUGCUCAAGCACCAUCAAGUGGUAACCCUCUUCCACGAAAUGGGUCAUGGAAUCCACGAUCUCCUUGCACGAACAAAAUACGUCCGUUUUCAUGGCUACCGGCUUCCCCCUGACUUCGGAGAGAUGCCCAGUAUGAUGCUCGAGAACUGGUGCUGGAUGAAAGAGGUUCUGCAGGGCCUCAGCUGCCACCAUACUAGGCUAGAGAACAGUUACUUGAUGGAGUGGCGCAAGCAACAUCCCAGCUCACCCGAUCCGCCAAUGAAAAUUCCGGAGGAUGUAGUCGAACGCCUUAUCAAGCAUCGUUAUCUGAACCGAGGGCUUUAUCAUUUGUAUCAGUUGUCAAUCUCCAUUUUCGACUUGCAAAUCCAUAGUCUCAAGACAGAUGCAGAUAUUUCUGGCCUAAAUGUUCAGAAGCUCUGGUAUGACAUCCGUGAGGAGGUUGAAAGUAUGGACUUCUCCGAGUGCCGAGACGGCUAUGCAUUUGGAACGUUCAGUCAUCUGACAGCGGGCUAUGAUGUCUGCUACUAUGCUUAUCUUAUCUGCACGGCAAUGGCCCAGGACGUCUUUCUUUCUGUCUUUGCUGAAGGCCCAUUCCAGAAGGACAAGUGGGAGAAGUACCGUCGUGAGAUUCUGCAAAACGGUGGCGGCCAGCAAGACUUGUUUCAGAUGCUGGAGAAGUUCUUGGGUCGUCCACCAAAUAUGAAUGCCCUUGUGGAAGGUUUGAGGCGAGCAGACAGUCAACAUUAG